AUGUCUGCUGUUAACGUUGCACCUGAAUUGAUUAAUGCCGACAACACAAUUACCUACGAUGCGAUUGUCAUCGGUGCUGGUGUUAUCGGUCCAUGUGUUGCUACUGGUCUAGCAAGAAAGGGUAAGAAAGUCCUUAUCGUAGAACGUGACUGGGCUAUGCCUGAUAGAAUUGUUGGUGAAUUGAUGCAACCAGGUGGUGUUAGAGCAUUGAGAAGCCUGGGUAUGGUUCAAUCUAUCAACAACAUCGAAGCGUACCCUGUUACCGGUUACUCUGUUUUUUUUAACGGCGAACAAGUUGAUAUUCCAUACCCUUACAAGGCUGAUAUCCCUAAAGUUGAAAAAUUGAAGGACUUGGUCAAGGAUGGUAAUGACAAGGUCUUGGAGGACAGCACCAUUCACAUCAAGGAUUACGAAGAUGAUGAAAGGGAAAGGGGUGUUGCUUUUGUUCACGGUAGAUUCUUGAACAACUUGAGAAACAUUACUGCUCAAGAGCCCAAUGUCACCAGAGUACAAGGUAACUGUAUUGAAAUUUUGAAAGACGAAAAGAACGAGGUUGUGGGUGCUAAAGUUGACAUCGAUGGCCGCGGUAAGGUGGAAUUCAAGGCUCACUUGACAUUUGUUUGCGACGGUAUCUUUUCUCGUUUCAGAAAGGAAUUGCAUCCAGACCAUGUCCCAACUGUCGGUUCUUCGUUUGUUGGAAUGUCUUUGUUCAAUGCUAAGAACCCUGCUCCUAUGCACGGUCACGUUAUCCUUGGUAGUGGACAUAUGCCAAUCUUGGUUUAUCAAAUCAGCCCAGAAGAAACAAGAAUCCUCUGUGCUUACAACUCUCCAAAGGUUCCCGCUGAUAUCAAGAGUUGGAUGAUCAAGGAUGUCCAACCCUUCAUUCCAAAGAGUCUACGUCCUUCAUUUGACGAAGCCGUCAGCCAAGGUAAAUUUAGAGCUAUGCCAAACUCCUACUUGCCAGCCAGACAAAACGACGUCACGGGUAUGUGCGUUAUCGGAGAUGCCCUAAAUAUGAGACACCCAUUGACCGGUGGUGGUAUGACCGUUGGUUUGCACGAUGUUGUCUUGCUGAUUAAGAAAAUUGGUGACCUAGAUUUCAGUGACCGUGAGAAGGUUUUGGAUGAAUUACUAGACUACCAUUUCGAAAGAAAGAGUUACGAUUCUGUUAUUAACGUCUUAUCAGUGGCUUUGUACUCUCUAUUCGCUGCUGAUAGCGAUAACUUAAAGGCACUACAAAAGGGUUGUUUCAAAUAUUUCCAAAGAGGUGGCGACUGUGUCAACAAACCUGUUGAAUUUUUGUCUGGUGUCUUGCCAAAGCCUUUGCAAUUGACCAGAGUCUUCUUCGCCGUCGCUUUUUACACCAUUUACUUGAACAUGGAAGAACGUGGUUUCUUGGGAUUGCCAAUGGCUUUAUUGGAAGGUAUUAUGAUCUUGAUCACAGCUAUUAGAGUAUUCACUCCAUUUUUGUUUGGUGAAUUGAUUGGUUAA